UCACUCACAUGUGGAUGGCAUUUUAACGCCAGAGAACGUGUUUGUGUAUUGAGAUAUACACGCGAGUGAUGAACCUCUCAGUUUUCUUCAGUAGCAGGGAAACAUUAUCGCCAACACAUCCCAGAGGCUGCUGUUUGCUGUAGCCCUCCACGAAAAGACAUUUGAGAAGAUGGAGAAUUUAGUACUGAGUCUGUCAUCACUAGGCACCAUAGCGAGACAUGUUGACAAAUGUCACAGCCAGCUGAGCCAGUACCUAGCAAAGCAGAUAUGGAGUCAGCAGGACAGGCAGUGUAUUCUGGAUUGUUUGGCUCAGCUGCUGCUAGAAAAGGAUUAUACUCUACUGAUUGCACGGCACUUGCGUCCUCUGACACUGGACCUGUUGGAGCGCAAUGCUGAGAGGGUGAAAGCUGGAGGCAGCAUCAACCAUGACCUCCACGAGCGCCUGUGUGUGGCCCUCAGCAAGCUUCUCAGCAUCAGUCCUGACGCACAAACGUUUGGUGCAAGGUACUUCGACAAUGCCCCUCCGGUGUUUCAGAGGCUCUUCUUCACCAGUGAAGAGUCAUCAGCUGUGCAGUAUGGCCCCAGAAGGAUGAAGCUGCGUGACCUAAUGGGUGCCACUUUGCGUUUCCUCCAGAGUGAUUGUGCCAAGUUCCGAAUGCUCUGGGACUGGAGCCCCUGCAUGUCCCUUCUGCUCACCAGUGAUGUCAUGGUGCGAUGGUACACCGCCCACUGUUUAGCAUUGGUCUCUCAUAUGACUGAUAACCAGAAAACCAUCUUCCUGAGGAAGGUGCUGACGAGUGAUGAGAUCCUACACAUGAAAAUGAAGGGUUUGGAAGAAACUCAGCAGCUGGAGUUUGAGAAGGCCCUGGUUUUAGCCAAUCAGGGCUAUGUGACGUGGUGCCAAGAGAAGGCCAACAAGUUUACAAGAGGCCAGGUGGUGUCAGAGGACUUGUCGCAGAAUGUAGUGGCAGUCUGUGGUGUUGUGCUACCCAGGAUAGUUCCUAGGCAGCCUGAACAGAUUAAUCAAAAGGAUCUGGUGUUGGUUGACUCAACCUGCCGCAAUCUGAGACGACUGGCAUUGGCCGUGGCCUCCCAGAAACCUGUACUGCUCGAGGGUCCUAUUGGAUGCGGUAAAACUGCUUUGGUAGAGUUUAUGGCUGCUGUCACCGGACAUGCCAAAACUACGGAGAUCCUCAAGGUACAGCUUGGGGAUCAAACUGACAGCAAGGUGCUCCUGGGAAUGUACCGUUGCACUGAUAUACCAGGGAAGUUUAUAUGGCAGCCUGGAACACUAACACAAGCCGUGUCUUCAGGCCAGUGGAUCCUCUUGGAGGACAUUGACCAUGCUCCUCUGGAUGUGAUAUCUGCACUCCUCCCUUUGAUGGAGAAUAAAAAGCUGAUGAUUCCGGGACGAGAGGACUGCAUUGAUGUUGCGCCUGGAUUCCAAUUUUUUGCAACCAGAAGGAUGUAUUGUAGUGGUGGAAGCUGGCACAGACCCCAGAACUCCCAUGCAGUGCUGUUGGACAAGUACUGGACGAAGCUGCAAAUGGGCAACAUGACACGAGAAGAGCUGAAGAAGGUGCUCAUUAGUAGAUAUCCAAGGCUGUCUGUGGUGUCAGACCAUCUCCUGGAAAUCUUCUGCCAGCUGACUGGGGAGAGACACUCUGAGCUGGACACAGACAGCCUUCCAAUGCCUGACAACAGCCAGCAGCACAACUCUGAUGACAAAAGCACACAGCUGAGGGCGCUUUCACUGAGGGACCUGCUGAAAUGGUGUGAGCGAAUCAGCGUCAACUUUGACUGCACCUCAUCAGCUACAGCACAACAUGUCUUCCUAGAGGCUCUCGACUGCUUCACAGCCAUGCUGCCUCAUCCUGAAAGUAGACUGCGAAUGGCUGAGAUCAUUGGAAGCAAACUGAACAUCUCCAGAGAGAAGGCCCAGCACUUCUGUCAGAUGUAUCAGCCUGGCAUCUUGCUAACUGAGCUGGAGGCCUCAGUGGGCAGAGUGACUCUGAUUCGGAAACAGACUGAAGCAGUUCAGCUGAGUGUGGAGAACCACACAUUUGCGGCUACACGACCAUCUGCCGUGCUACUUGAACAACUGGCAGUGUGUGUGGCCAAGGGAGAGCCGGUUCUUCUGGUGGGGGAGACUGGAACUGGAAAGACCUCUACUGUACAACAACUAGCUAGAAUCACAGGACACAGGCUGCGGGUUGUGAACAUGAACCAGCAGAGUGAUACCGCAGAUCUGCUUGGAGGGUACAAGCCAGUGGACAUAAAGCAGAUCCUGCUCCCUCUGCGUGAGGCCUUCGAGGACCUGUUCUCCCAGACAUACUCAAGAAAGCAAAACCUGACCUUCCUCGGUCACGUGCAAACCUGCUUCAGAGGCAAGCGUUGGCAGGAUCUGCUUAAACUCAUGGACCACGUCUGCAAGUCUGCUCUCAUUAAGGAGCUGCAAGAGAAAUCAGAUGCUGCUUUGUUGCAGGAGCAGUGGGAGGCACUGGCUUCAAAACUUAAUCAGACCCAGCAGCAGAUUAGGGCCUGUGAGACAGCCAUGGUCUUUGCCUUUGUGGAGGGAACAUUAGCUCAGGCAGUGAAGAAGGGCCACUGGAUCCUGCUGGAUGAGAUCAACUUGGCAGCAGCAGAGACCCUCGAGUGUCUGAGUGGACUUCUUGAGGGCAACACCAGAUCUCUAGUACUGCUGGAUCGUGGAGACACCGAGCCCCUAGUACGCCACCCAGACUUCCGGCUUUUUGCCUGUAUGAACCCAGCUACUGAUGUUGGGAAGAGGAACCUGCCUCUGGGCCUCAGAAACAGGUUUACUGAGCUGUAUGUGGAGGAGCUGGAGAAUGAAGCUGACCUGAGGAUCCUGAUUUCAGAUUACCUCAAGUGCUUAAAUCCACAUCGAAGUGUCAUCAGUGGCAUUAUAAGCUUUUACCUGACAGUACGAAAGGAAGCAAACUCACGUCUGGUGGAUGGAAGGGGCCACAGACCCCACUACAGUCUGCGGACUCUGUGCAGGGCCCUGAAGUAUGCGGCACUAAACCCCUGUAACAACGUGCAGCGCUCACUUUAUGAGGGGUUCUGCCUGAGCUUCCUCACUCAGCUGGACAGAAGCUCCCACCCUGUGGUCCAGAAACUGGUGUGUCAGCACAUCCUGAUGGGAAACACAAAGUGUCUGAAACAAUCCAUCCCGGCACCCUCAGGCCGACCCUGUGUUGAAAUGGAAGGCUACUGGGUUUCCCAGGGGGAGAUGGAACCAGGUCUCGACCCCAGCUACAUUCUCACUCCCUCAGUCAAGCUGAACCUUCGCGACCUUGCCAGAGUGGUGUCUGCAGGGACUCACCCAGUGCUGAUCCAGGGAGAGACAUCUGUGGGGAAGACCAGUUUGAUCAGGUGGCUGGCUGCUGCCACCGGGAACCAGUGUGUGAGAAUCAACAACCACGAGCACACCGAUGUCCAGGAGUACAUUGGCUGUUACUCAUCAGAUGACCGGGGCAAGCUGGUGUUUAAAGAGGGCGUUCUUAUUGAUGCUAUGAGGAAAGGCUACUGGAUCAUCCUAGAUGAGCUGAACCUGGCCCCCACUGAUGUUCUGGAGGCCCUCAACAGAUUGUUGGACGACAACAGAGAACUCUUUGUGGCUGAAACUCAGGAAGUCAUCAGUGCUCACCCCAGGUUCAUGCUGUUUGCUACCCAGAAUCCCCCUGGUCUCUACGGUGGUAGAAAGGUGCUCUCCAGGGCUUUUAGGAAUCGCUUUGUGGAGCUACACUUUGAUGAGCUUCCCAGUGCAGAGCUGGAGAUCAUCCUUCAUCAGAGGUGCAGCCUUCCCCCAUCUUACUGCACCAAGCUAGUGAAAGUCAUGCAAGACCUUCAGUCCUUGCGCAAAGGAUCCUCUGUGUUUGCAGGCAAACAUGGCUUCAUCACCCUUAGAGAUCUUUUCCGUUGGGCGGACCGCUACAGGCUGGAGGAACAGGCAGAGGCCUCUCGGGACUGGCUGCAGCAUUUAGCAGAUGAUGGGUAUAUGCUUCUGGCAGGACGUGUGAGAAAACCUGAAGAAGAGGUCAUCAUCCUAUCCAUCCUGGAGAAGCACUUCAAACGAACGGUGAACCCGGAAUAUCUGUUCUCUCAGAAACAGGUUGCCAGCCAGUUCAGUCCCUUCAUCGACAGCAUUGCUGGAGUCCCAGAGGAGUUCCGACAUGUGGUGUGGACACAGGACAUGAGGAGACUGGCUGUGCUCCUCGGUCGAGCGCUGCGAUUUGGCGAGUCUGUCCUGCUUGUAGGAAACACGGGAUGUGGAAAGACCACCAUCUGUCAGCUGUUUGCUGCUUUGGCUGGACAGAAGUUCUUUUCAGUCAACUGUCACCUCCACAUGGAGACAUCUGAUUUCCUGGGAGGACUCCGGCCUGUCAGACAUACACAUCAGAAUGACGGGGAGGACGGCAGACUGUUUGAGUGGCAUGAUGGGCCCUUGGUACAAGCCAUGAAGGAGGGAGGUGUCUUCCUCAUGGAUGAAAUCUCAUUGGCAGACGACUCUGUCCUAGAGAGACUCAACAGUGUUCUGGAGACAGAGAAGUCCCUUGUACUGGCAGAGAAGGGCAGCGGAGAUCGUGGUGACGUGGAGCUGAUAAAAGCAGCUACAAAUUUCCGUCUGGUCGCCACCAUGAACCCUGGAGGAGACUUUGGCAAGAAAGAGCUCUCUCCAGCCUUACGAAAUCGUUUCACAGAGCUCUGGUGCCCUCAGACCAACAAUCGCAGUGACCUGGUUAAGAUCAUCCAACACAACUUGCGCUCAGGCCUCUCCCUUGAUGGUGGGGACGUUGCAGAGCUAAUGCUGGACUUCAUCGAGUGGCUCACACAGCAAGACUUUGGCCGCCGCUGCAUCCUGAGUGUUAGAGACAUUCUUUCAUGGGUCAACUUCCUCAAUGCUGUGUGCGAGCGGGAUGAAGAUAGCUUCAUGACCAUGGGAGCUAUUGAAGACGAAGAUGAAGCCGAGUGGGACCUGCGUCUGGACACUGUUACUGCCUUCAUCCACGCUGCUUGUCUCGUUUAUAUCGAUGGCAUUGGCUCAGGGACCACAGCCUCCUGUGCAGAUGGUGUCCUCCUUGCUCGUCGUCUGUGCCUGAGCUUCCUGCAGCAGAGACUAAGCAAGAUGACCAAGCUGGACCAGGAUGUAAUGGAUGCCCUGAGAGUGUAUGACAGAAAUUUGCCACGGGAGCCUCAGUGGGGAGAAGAUUUCUUUGGCAUUGAUCCCUUCUACAUCGCAUUAGGGCCUCACACCGAGAGCCGUAACCUGUCAAACUACGCCAUUGCAGCAGGCACCACUGCAGUGAAUGCUCAGAGGAUUCUGCGGGCACUGAAGCUGCAGAGGCCUGUGCUACUCGAGGGCUCACCUGGCGUGGGAAAAACCAGCCUGGUGGCUGCACUAGCAAAAGCUUCUGGAAACCAUCUGGUCAGAAUCAACCUGUCGGAGCAAACGGAUGUCACCGAUUUAUUUGGGACAGAUCUCCCAGUGGAGGGUGGGAAGGGAGGAGAGUUUGCGUGGCGCGAUGGCCCCCUUUUGGCUGCUUUGAAGGCAGGGCACUGGGUGGUACUGGACGAGUUGAACUUGGCCUCUCAGUCAGUGCUGGAAGGCCUGAAUGCCUGCUUUGAUCACCGAGCAGAAAUCUACAUUCCAGAACUGGCCAUGAGCUUUCAGGUACAGCAUGACAAGACAAAGAUCUUUGGAUGCCAGAACCCUUUCACUCAAGGUGGCGGGCGUAAGGGGCUGCCCAAAUCCUUCCUCAACAGAUUCACUCAGGUUUUUGUGGACCAGCUCACCAGCAAGGACAUGGAGUUCAUAGGAGACUUGAUUUUUCCCAGUAUCGACAAGGAAAUUGUUAUCAAAAUGGUCGAAUUCAGUAACAGGGUUUUCCGCACAUUUAUUAUAUCUACUUACUUCAUUGAUGCUAGAACAUGUGCCUCAGUGCUGGAUCGCCUCAAUGCUCUGCUGGAGCCUGGUGGAUCACUUGUCAUCAACGAACGUGGUGUCAUAGAUGGGAGCACUCCCAAAAUCACCCCACACCCUAACUUCAGGUUGUUCCUGACCAUGGAUCCUGUGCACGGGGAGCUCUCCAGAGCUAUGAGGAACAGAGGGGUGGAGAUUUACAUUCCAGGGGAACACGAAGCUGUGUGCUGGGACACACUAGACCUAAAGACUUUGCUUCACACUGCUGGGGUGACUGGGGACUGUGUGUGUGAUCUGCUGAUUGAAAUACAUAAGGCCGUUAAAUCUGCUAUCUGGGACUCCCCAGCCUCAUCAGUGGCUUCUCUUCUUCAUGCUGCCACUCUGCUGAGCUGCCAGCUACAGAGAGGUGUGGAUUUGCCCAGCGCCUUGCAGCAUGCCUGUGGGGAGGCCUACUCUUUCUGUCAGCACAAUUCUGCCAACCAGAAGAAAGCCCAGCAGGUGAUUGAGCAGCACUUGAGCAUCCUGGACACAGAAGAAUGGGGCUGUGGGUUGCUGUGUGCUGGAGUCUGGCCUGACAGCUUCCCCUCUGCCCUCCUCUCUACAGAGGAUUCCUGCUUCUCUACUGUUAUCAGAGAUGGGCAGGUCCUCUUAUUUUGUCUGAACACACUCAGCCUCCAAGGCAAACGGAGCCAGCCUCUGAGUCUGAGUGACCUACAGAGGGUAUUGCAGAACAGCGGUGUCCAUGAAGGCCUGGUGUUCUCUGAAGCAGUGGGGGGUCUGGAGGAUGGAAAUGCUCUGAGGCUGAUCCCCACGGCAGUGAGACUGCUCACAGAGAGAGCCUCUCACGGAGACUGGAUCAUGCGCAGCAGCUGGCUGUCACACUUGGGAAAGAGCCACAAAUAUGCUCCUGAUGCCGCGCUGGUCCAGGUGGAAGCAGGAAACAGGGCUUUAAAGGCUGUAUUUGGUAGCAAGCUUGCUGCUAAGGGCAAGUCACUAGCAGAAUUACUCCAGCCCCACAGCACAGAUGAAUACAGGAUUUUGGUGGAUAUGCGGUGGAAUAAGCAAUACUUGGACAUUUUGGCCAACAAGUGCAACUUUGAGGAUGAAGAAAGAUACACGGAGUUCCUAGAGGCACUAAAUGCAGUUGCCAACAGGAUCGUUCUGAUGAUGGACAGAGAAGAGAGGUCUGUUGUAUGCACUUGUGCUGUUAACCUGUCUGGUCCGAAUUCUGUACUGCAAAUAGCCACGGCCUUCAGUAAAGGGACUGUGGAUAUUGGUCACCUGCCACACCCUGUGCUGAUGCACCUGCAAACCUUCUUUGAGUUGUCGGGCUACUUCAUCCUGCAGGCUGUUCAGGCCGGACAACCUUACAUCUCAGACCACAUUAUGUUUGAGAUUCUGCAGCUGCUACAGUGGCUUGAUCGAUUCUGGGAUGUGUGCAGCACACUGACACCCGACUCUCAGGGCAUCUCUGUGCUGUCUCUGCACUGGCAGUGGGUCCAGAAACACCUCAUCCUCCGACUGCCACAGCUUCUCCUGGGAGACGCUGAUGCCACGUUUGAAGGUCACCAGGAGCUGCAGGCCACCUCAACAGCCAUCCAGACUGUUCUGUCCACCCCUGUGUCUGUAGCUACAGCUCUGAAGGGCAUUCAGAAAACCCUGGGGAAAACUCUUCCUUUUAAGCUGGAGUCAGUAGCUAAGUGUGCAUCUCAGCUCAGGCUCCUGAGUAAAGCCCUGGAUGUGAGUGAACUAAAACUGGACAACAACAUGAUUCAUUCGAAGCAAGAGCUGGUUCGACUUCAGGGUGCUGGACUCGGACUGGACAUCAAAGAAAGUCUCCUAGAAGCCUGGGGCCUCGUUCUCUUAGCAAACAACCAAUUGGACCCUCAAAAGUCAGGGGUGAUGGAGAGGUUGGUGUCGAGUGUGGAGCAGCAGGAGUGUUGCAUGACCUCCAGAGGGCUCUUGGAAGUCUGUUCCAUGUCGGAGCAUGACGAGUCCGCAGACGGAGUCCCUUUGUCCAUAGAGGAGCUGCAGCAGCUCAGCCGCAGGGCCCAGCUCUGGCCCCUGAUGGAGGAACUUGCCGUCCUAAAUCAGCUACGACUUAGCACAGACUUGCUGCAUCUAGCUCUUUCUCCUAGUGACCAGGAGGCCGAGGACUGCUUACGUCGCGACCUCUCCAGACAUCUUCGUUACUGCCUCCAGUCCACCCCGAUGAAUGUCAGACAGCUGCAGCCACUGUGGUUCCUGCUCAGUAGUGACCGGCCAGCUGAGGAGCUGCCGUUUGUAUGGUGUGAGCUUCUGUCGGAGGCUCUAUCCUCCCUGUGGACCUGCAGCAUAACCUCAAACCCAGAACACUGGCUUAAAUGGGACCCUCUAAAUCCUGAGACCCAGACGGAUCCAAAGCAGCACCAAGGAACAGAUAACAUGGGUCCAGCUCUGCUGAGCAAAGCAGUGCGGUCCCAUUGCGUACUGGAAGUGCUCAGCUGUAGUAAGACGGGUGGUUCAUGGGAGCCUUCAGGAGAGGCUUUCCUCUCCCUCUCCAAUGUCAGACUUGGGGAUUGGAAAGGGAGGAUUCAGCAGCUGCAGGAUCUUUCUGCUGUGCUCUGGGACAACAUGAGCAUCCGUGCGCUGGCUGAUUUCAGGGGUACCGACUUUAGGCUCCAAGGUGCAGUCCUGCGUCGGCAACUUCAAAGCAUGGCUGACGUGCUGCCUCCCACCUUGCAGGAAGGCUACAUGGAGAGCUGUGAGAGCCUGGUGGAGGACCCUGACCCUCUUAUUGCUGCCCAGGAGAUCCAGACAGUCUUUAGAGACUUCUUGCCUCCUAAACUACUCCCUGAUGGCCUGGUGGAAGCCUGCCUUACCUGCUUGCAGCAAUAUGUCCAGAGCAAAGUCCAAGGCUCCAAUUCACUGGCUCGCUCUGGAGUGUUCUGGGUCAACAUGGGCUUGCUGCAGAUCAAAGUGUGGACACCACAGACCAUCUUUGACCCAGCUGUAAAGAGAGCCUACAAACUCAACUAUGCCCAGCAGGAGUUGGCUCUGCUUCAGGAAGAAUGGAAAGGGCGGAGCCUGUGGUCUCAGCUGAUGACUGGAGCAGAACUGGAGGAGAGCAGCACAACCGAUGGCUUCCAGCAUCCUCGAAUCAGGUAUCUAUGGAUCCGCAUGCAGCAGGUGAAGGAGCAGAUAGCUGAGCUUUCCAGGAAGCAGGCUUGUCGUCCUCAUGAGCCUCAGUAUGGUCAGUUGUACCAGGAGCUCCAGCACUACCUGUGCAGCAUUGGUCAGACAUCAGCCAUACAGGACCUGCUGUCCCAGCUGCUCAAUACCCUGGAGGGCUCCUCGUCUUCAAAAUCCAAGUCAGCAGUCCAGGCCGUCCUGAAGGAGGAGGCUGUUUGGCAGAACUCCCAGCAGCGUUUCUGCCAGAGGUUGCUGGAGGACUAUCCCCUUUAUCCUGAUGUUGUUGGGCCAGUGAGGACGGGUAUCCUUCAGCUCCGGUACGGUAUGAGGCUGGUAGCCUCCCAGGUGGCUGCCUUGCUAAAUCCCGUACCUGGUUUGCCAAGGCUGGUGUCUUGCCUUCUGGCUUUCCCAUUCCUGUCCCCGAGCCUGCCGUCAUACCUGGUCCGGGCAGACUUUCUGUGUUCCAGGAUUUGUAUGGACACUCUGCGCAGCCUGGUGAAACUUCUGCCCCAGCAGGACACUGCAUGUGUGAUCCCUCAGUCCUGCACUCUGCUACUCAGUGCUCUGCUUUAUGUCCAGUGUCACACCUUGUCAGCGGGAGAGUUCAGCCACGAGGCACGCAGCAUCUUCAGACACAUCUGUCAGGCUUUGGUGAAUGAGUGGGAUGAGCGAGAGAGGCGAAGGAAAGAGCAUGAAGAAAUGGAGGCCAGUCUUUACCGCAGCCGUAGCCGACUGCACGGCUCAGGACUGACUGAGGAUGAACAGGAGGAACGAGACUUCAGACGACAGUUUCCUCAGUUCAACAAGGACUUUGCAGACAUCGUGUCUGAGCCAAGUUUAGAAGGAGCAGCUGGCACAAGUCUAGAAGGGCUCGAAGACAAAACCCACGAAGAGUCUUUUGAGAUGAAGGCGUUCUCUCCCGCUACCCUGAAUACAGUGAUCCAGGUUCAUCAGCGCCUGUGUCUGGGAUAUGCUCAAUCGCUUUGGUACAAGAGCACAGCACCAGCCAAUCACAGUAAAGAACACAUCAAAGCCCUGCUUUCAUCUUAUCAGAUUGCUUCUCCAGUGAUGUCAAACUUCUAUCACCUCAUUGACUCUGACCUGGAUCAGCAGCUGACAGGCAGUGAACUGCUGCUCUCUGCCAUCCUCCAGAACACUGUGCAGGGCUCUGGUGGUGCCGAGGGUCUGGCCAUCACCCCCGACGGACCCUAUGACUUCUACCAGCACCCUAACAUGAGCGAGGCCUCUCUCUGCCUCCCUGUGUUGGAACAGUUGAGUGUGGCAGUGAAGCAGAGACUAGAGGACUGGCCUGGACAUCCUGCCCUCGAACAGCUGAAUGUGGUGAUGGAGAGAAUCAAGGCUUUCAAUCUGGCCAGCCCGGUGGCUAAGUUUCUGAACGGCCUAGAGAUCCUGCUCAGCAAAGCACAGGACUGGGAGAAUAACGCCAGCCGUUCAGUGUCUCUGCGGAAGGAACUGGAACCCGUCACACAGCUCAUUAUUCAGUGGCGCAAGCUGGAGCUCAGUUGUUGGUCGCGCAGUCUUGACAAUGCAAUGAAGCGGCACACAGAGAAGUCCACCAAACACUGGUUCUCUGUCUACCAGCUGCUGGAGCGAUACCUAGAGGAACAGAGGGCGGAGACUUGUACAGCUGAAGGGGUAGAACACCUUUCCCUGUCUUCAGUGUCCUCCACCCUUCAGGCCUUUCUGGAGGGCUCCACCCUGGGGGAGUUCCACACUCGUCUGAACAUGUUGCUCACAUUCCACUGCCACCUCCUGCUGGUCCCCCCGCAGUCCGGGCAAGAACCUUUGUCCAGUCUUCUCUGGAACCUGUACAAAUACUACAAUCAGUUUUCUCAAGGCAUUCAAACCAAAAUUACUCAACACAGGCAGACCAUUGAAAAGGACCUCAAGGACUUUGUCAAGAUCUGCAAAUGGAAUGAUGUCAAUUUUUGGUCCAUCAAACAGUCAGUGGAGAAGACCCAUCGCACACUCUUCAAGUUUAUCAAGCAGUUUGAAGAGGCUUUGAAUGGUCCGAGUAUUCCUGCUCUGGUGGAGCAGGGAAGCGGCGCGAGCUUGGACAGUGUGGACGCUAACCCACAGGAAAUGCCCAUCCACAGAGUUCACCAGUUGCUAAAGAGCACCCUGCCUUUAAAGAGCAGGAUUCUACAGACUGAUGGAGAAGAAGAAGAAGAGUUCAAAGCUUCUUCUCUACAAAUAUCUCUGCCUGUACUGUCCAGGAAGAUGAAGAAGAUGUGCAUCCAGCUGCUGAAGAAAAACCCUGUCCCUGAGCUGGCUGAAGACUUGGACUGCUUCACUGGUGAGAUCAUCAGCAACUUGCGGGACCUGCAGAGCCUCACAAUAAACACAUCAGCAGAUAAAGACAAGCAGAAAGCUGAGAUAAAGCACAUCCUACAGCAGAAACAGAGGGCAUUGUCUGACCUGUUCAAGAUGCUCACAGAAAUAGGUCUGUCGUACCGCAAAGGCCUAAUAUGGAACAGGACAGCAAAGGCAGAGAAGGCUCUGUACAUGCAGCCGCUGGAGAUGACGACCGCUCUCUCAGCUGUCAAGACUCAGGAGAAUGCAGAGAGCAUGUUGUUUGCUGAGUUGCUGACAGCAUGGGAUGGCUGUCAGAAGUACUUCUAUCAGUCUUGGGCCAGGAACACUGCCCUGCAGACUGCUCUGCAGCACGCUGCCAAGGAGCUGGGUUUGGGGAAUGUAGAGCGAUGCAGAGGUUUCUCCUCUCACCUCUUCAAGCUGCUCCUCAAACAGAGGCGACGGCUGGCCAAACUCACUGAACAGUGGGUCCAUCUCAGGUCAGGUGCCAAAGAGGACAAGGAGGAGCCUCUGGAGGACCUGCUAAAGCCUGGUCACCUGACUCGCCUGCUGGAGGAGGAACUGGAGGCUGAGGUGGAGGCUCUGCGUGUGGGAGAUGUUAGUGCUGGGCUGGAGAGGCUUCUGUGCCACCUGAAGACACAAAGGGACUCCUCUCAGCCGCCACACUUCCAGGAGGUAAACAGGGCGUGCAGGAUGCUGGUUCGUCUGGAGCCUCUACUAGGAAUUUACUCUGACCUUGUAUGCUACUACCUGGCUGUGUCACUGGGAGCACAUAGAAGCACAGGCAAACUUCUGUCUGUACUGGCCAGCAUCUUCACUGAACUCGCUCAGAAGGGUUUCUGCCUGCCUCAGGAGCUUAUGGCUGGAGAUGGAGAAGGAGCAGAACAGUUUCACGAUUAUGAAGGUGGUGGUAUAGGAGAGGGAAAGGGCACGAAAGAUGUCAGCGACAAGAUCGAGAAUGAAGAUCAGCUGGAGGACACCUUCAAGGACGGGGAAGAAAAGACUGAACAGCACGAGAAAGAGGAUAUUAAGUCAGAAGACAAUGCCGUUGAGAUGUCAGAGGACUUUGAUGGCCAGAUGUGCGACGCUGAUGAGAAAGAACCAGGUGACGACGAGGAAUCAGAUAAAGAGGACGACGAAGAACUGGACAAAAAAAUGGGUGACCUGGGUGAAGGCCAGACAGAUACACUGGAUGAAAAAAUGUGGGGAGAUGAUGAUGAUGAUGAUGAUGAGGAGGAAGGAAGUGACAAGGAGGAGGAGUCUGGUCAGGGCAUGGAUCAGGGUGAGUCUGAGUUGGUUGCCAAAGAUGACAACCUGGAUGCAGCAGACCCCAAAAAAGAUCACAAGAACCAGGAUAAAGACCAACAGAUGGACGAAGAGGAGAAAGACAUGAUCAAUGAACAAGGAGAUGAGAGAGAGUUUGAUGAAAAUGAAGUAGACCCCUACCACGGUCAACAAGACAAGAGACCUGAGCCCGAGGCCAUGGAUCUGCCUGAGGAACUCGAUCUGGACCAGGGUGACAAGGAUGGAGAUGAUAAUGAUGAUGGAGAUGAGGGUGAAGACUGGGUCAUUGAGGAGGAGGAAGGUGGCGGUGAAGAUGAGGAGCUUCCCGAGUGCGCUGAGAGGAAAUGGCACGACACCGACGGUCAGACAGGAGAGGACAACAUUCAGAGCGACACCGCUGUGGAGCUGGCAGGAGAAGCCUCGGAGAGAGACGAGGCCAAAGAGGAGCAUGGCAGUGGAGCAGCUGACGCCAGCCAGUCUGAGGGCCACCAGUCAAAGCUGACAGCAACAAUGGCUUCACACAGACAAACUCAGAGUCAGACUCAGAGCUUGAAGAGGAAACCUGGUCAAGCAGAUAGCGAGCGCUCUAUAGGCGACUACAACAAGCCAGUCAACAAGCGCCUGCGCACAGUCGAAAGAAGCAAAGAGAGCCUCGAGAACAACAGGCAGAGCGACACCCAGCAGGUGUCAGACCUGUACGAGCACAUUAAGCACGGAGACCCAAACUACGACACUCAGACAUAUGAUGUGGCCAGUACAGAGCAGGAGAGCACAGCAGGGCCUCGGGGCCAGGAUGAAGAUGACAAAGAAGAGGAUUUGUCCAUGGAGACAGAGGACCAGGAGGUUGAUCUCCAAGCGGCUGAGGUCCAGGAGCUGAAGCCUGAACAGCUGGACUCCUCAAAGGCUUCCCAGACAGGUGCAGACCCUGGAGAGAUGGAGGUGCAGAGGCAGGGAGAGGAGCAGGAGGACGAGAGGUGGAAGGAAAAACAACAAGCCGAAGAAGAAGAACGAGCAAGCAGAAGGACAGACUCUACAAUUCAUGUUGUUCCUGAGCUGCUUCUGGACUCUGCGCAGGAGAAAGCACAGAAGAGAGACCCAGAAGAAACAAGGAGGGAGAUGGAGCUGCAGCUGGAGGCCUGGCACAAACUGGCCCCAGGGACUCAGGAGGAGGAGACUGUAGCGGCUUCCAUGUGGCAUCAGUACCAAACUCUGACCUCGGCUCUCUCUCAGCAGCUGUGCGAGCAGCUCCGUCUCAUCUUGGAGCCCACACAGGCCGCCAAACUAAAGGGUGAUUACCGAACAGGAAAGCGUCUGAACAUGAGGAAGGUGAUCCCUUAUAUCGCCAGUCAGUUUCGCAAAGACAAGAUCUGGCUAAGGCGGACGAAGCCCAGCAAGAGAGAAUACCAGAUCUGCCUGGCUGUGGACGACUCCUCCAGCAUGGUGGACAACCACUCUAAACAGCUGGCAUUUGAAUCCCUGGCAGUGAUUAUCAAUGCCCUCACUCUGCUGGAGGUAGGCCAGGUGUCUGUCUGUAGCUUUGGGGAGCAGGUGCAGCUGCUGCAUCCCUUCCAGCAUCAGUUUAAUGACGAGUCUGGGGCUCGGAUUCUCAGGCUCUGUCAGUUCCAGCAGAAGAAGAAGACAGCCCAGCUGCUUGUGAUUGUGUCUGAUGGUCGGGGGCUCUUCCUGGAGGGAAAGGAGCGGGUAAUGGCCGCUGUGCGUGCAGCACGCAGCGCUGGUAUCUUCAUCAUCUUCAUGGUGCUGGACAAUCCGAACUCCCGGGAUUCCAUUCUAGACAUCAAGGUGCCCAUCUUCAAAGGGCCAGGAGAGCUGCCAGAGAUCCACUCCUACAUGGAUGAGUUUCCCUUUCCCUUCUACGUGAUCCUGCGAGACAUCAACGCCUUGCCAGCAACGCUCAGCGACGCACUCAGGCAGUGGUUUGAACUUGUCACUGUGGCUGAGCAGUAGGCUGAUGAGGAGCCAUCUUUUUACAGGAAAGAGGGAAAUGGGCAGCAGCCACCGAAAAAUGCCAGUCUGCUGCUAGCCUGUCAGAGAUCAGAGACUGAGCUGUAAAUGUGCCUUUAUUUUCUUAUUAUUACUGUAGGUUCUAGUCGAGUUGGAUAGCAAGUGUUGCUGUUUUGUCUGCAUCAGGGGAAUUUGGUGUCUUUUGUAAUGUAAAAGGAUUGCUUUAACUUGCACGUCUGAAAUUAAAUAACAGAAACAAAAAUGUGAUUUCCAUGUGCGUGAAAUACCGUAGUUAAGCAUCAAUAAAUACCUCUGCCCCUGUAUGAUAGCCCUGUUUUACAUUUGUUUGAAUGUUUAGUCAGUGUUAUGAAGAUCAAAAAAUUAUCUUCACCCUGAGCACAACAGCAGGACUGAGCUUUGUAUAAUAGAAGCCUUUUUCAAGGCUAAACUGAACAGUAGCAUGCCGUAGCUGAUACUGAAGGAACUCAAACAUGUGCCUUGGAAAGAACAGCACUGCAUCUCAUGUCACACCUCAAGUAGCAGGUGACAGAUCAGGAUUUUUACUAGUUUGUUUCAGUCAUGUACUGUGAAGCACAGCAGCUGCAGAGUCCGCUUUUUAUAAAGGCCUGUGGGAGAACCCAUCUUUGUGCUUUAGAAACACUUCAGCUGUGUUCAUCUUCCCUUUGUAGUGUGACACAGCUGACUGUCUGUGGAAACAUGUUCAUGAUGUGUACUGAAAUGUGUGUUCUUUAAUGUGGACAUACAUGUAGACAUGUUUAACGAGUUAAUUGCAUCUGUCUAUUAAAUCAUGAGAUGAACAAGA